AUGGGUCCCAGCAUUCCACCGAUGUUCAAGUCGCAGGACUUGGUACAAAGUUCUGUUCCAGGAAACAUCGCAAACAUCGAUGCACAUGAUCGUGCUUACGUGGCCCUUAAAGCCAGCUGUGAUCGCCAGGGCCACUACCCUUGUAACCUGCUGCAGCGGAAGCAGCUGCAAAGCGCGACAGAGCGCUACCGGCGCUACCUUGAAGAUGGGGAGAAAACGCUUUUCAACCUCGGCUUUGAGGAGAUUCAUUUCCUCGAACUAAAAGACAAUAGCAAAGAGUUCCAAGAGUUCAUCAUUCGAAAUACCCCUUCGGUUCAAAAACAACUGCACCAAGAUGAUCGCGAUCCCACUUCCCGUUUUGUGUUCAUUCAGGCCGAUCAUUCACGCGCUCCGUUAAACUGCUCCCGCGAUAGUUUCUCCCACAUCCUGUCAUACCAUCAGGUGCCUCCUGGCUUCAUCGACUACGUUGCUGCUUUUGGCGCUACGCAUUAUCCGACCGAUUAUCACAUGACGGGCUUCGACUCGGACGAUACGCUCACGGUCAAAGACUCCAAUGUUGUCAAGAUCUCUAAGCUUGGCCGCUCCGGACGGGAGCACCGCAUGCAAUAUCUUCUAAGAUCUAUCGAGACAGACUCCACCGCUGAUGAGUCCCGGAGGUGGAAUAUACGCCAAACCGCUGUCUACCAUUCCUUCGAUUUCAUAGAAGGUAAAGCCUUAUGGAUCAACAUCAAAGCUAACAGCCGUCUUGAGGAUAUGGUAAAGGAAGCAACAGCCGACUCUGCGAUUGUGAACCCUGCUGCCAUGAAUGACCCAGCUGAGUCUUUUUCUUCGACACUUUCUGUCCAUCUCAUCUUCCUUGAGUGGUGUGACAUGGAUUGGCGAAAGUGUAUCAAUGAUUGCGAAAAGAAGAUCAGAACAGUUAUAGCCAAAGCUCAGACAUCGCGAGUCACUCCACCUGCCAAGUUCAACACCCCGACAAAACGAGCUUUGGAACUUAUUGAAGCAAAAGCAUCAGAUCUCAGCAGUAACAGGAAGCUUUCCAACCCAAGUCAUUCACUCUGGCAGUGGACAUUGCGUCGACGUGCCAACUUACUGCACUGGGAUAUCGAGAUUAAUGAGAAGCUGGGAACUGUUAAACAUGAACACCAUGUGCAAGAACAACAACUGGACUACCUCAACAACCUCGAUAGCUUCUCGUUCGACGAAAUCCAGAAUCUGCAUCACUGGGGAGAGCAAUUGGAAAGUUAUCGUCUAGUGAUGGAGCUCAAUCAUCAAGCCAUGCGCGAUAUUGUAGAGCGUUAUCAAAACUUAUCAUCUCGACCCGACUCGCCAGCAUAUAUCAAAGACAAAUGCAUGGAUGAAAUCAACUACUUCGUCCAGCGAGUUAUACGUAUCCAGAAGAACCUCGAGAUUCGUAUUAUCCAGGUAAAGUCGUUGAUCUCAUGGCUGGAAGAUGGAAAGUCACUAUUUGAUCGCAUCAUCCAAUAUCGUAACGCCCAAGUCGGCCGCAUCUUCACAGAGAGUUCGUUUGGCCAAUCACAGAAGAUGGAACGCAUUGCGUACAAAACAGAAAAAGAAACCAUCUCGAUGCAUGUUAUCACUUGUGUAACGCUAGCAUUUCUUCCUCCAAUGUUUGUGGCUACAUUCUUCCAAAGCGGAUUGGUAGAAGUAAACGCAGGGGCGACAGGCCUCGGCAACGCUGUGUUCUUUCACGACAAUGCCUUCGGCUUGUUUGCUGCAAUAUGUUUCCCACUUAUGGCAGUUACAUUUGUCUUAUACUGGACUGAAGAAAGCUUACGCCAGAUCAUUGAAAGCAUAAACCCAAAUUUCCCUGUCCAGUUCGAAACGAUCACGGGACGAUAUCUCAAGGUUUUCUCUACCCUGGUAUUCAUCGACCAACCGGAACACAUUCGCCUGUUCCUCAAAGCAGGUAUUGGCGAUAACCAGCUACCUCUUGACAGGCUCCCUAUUGUUUGGAAUGGUAUCGUCGACAAAUUCUUGAUGGAACAAUGGCAGUUUUGCCCAUGGGAAUUUUCCAUCCAGGAGAGCCAUAUGAGGGAUUUAUAUACCCAACAGAUAUUGCCUGUUCAAUAUACCAAGCCUCUGAUGACGGGACAGCAUGAUCCCACAGAAGUCCAUGUCAUGGAAUUAGACAGUGAAGACUGCAAACUUCCCCCAGAGGUAGUUUUCAAGAUCUACAAGGGCUCUGACAAGAUAAAACUCUACGACAGAGAAGCCGACGUAUAUACAAGACUCAUGCGGUUAAAACCGACGGGAAUCGCAAAGUGCUACGGCUCGCUCGCCUACACUUACACCAACAUACGUAUCAUCGUUCUUGAGUAUGCUAGUAAGGGUUCCCUGGUUGAGUUCUUUGAAACGCCGUCUCCUAUGGCGUCCAGCGACUACAGACAGCUUUGGGAACGCUUGCUGGACCUCUUUGAAGGUCUUUACGUGCUUCAUAAUAUAGACGAAAAUGAUUCUAAAUCGCUCACUGGGAUCCACCAAGAUAUUCAGCCCGCCAACAUACUGGUAUUUCCAGGCGACACCGGGUCUCCUUACGACGUCUACUUCAAGCUUGCCGACUUUGGUUUAACUGAAGUAGUCAAGGUGACCGGUGAAGGAGAAACGUUUCCUGUCAAUAACGAGGGAAACAAGAUGUACUCCGCCCCCGAAGCCUUCUCCAAUGAACGGAUUGAGAGUGAGCUUAGACCCCGCAUCAACUCCCUUGCGGACCUGUGGUCCCUUGGUGCUGUCUUGAGCGAAUUCAUGGUCUGGUCCAUUGGCGGUAAGACUCUACGAGAAUCUUAUCGCACGAGUAGGAAGGAUGCAGUGGCAAAGUUGCCCCAUCUCAAAGACCACGGGUUUCAAGCAUACUUCCACGAUGGGGUUAAGGUGCUGCCUGAAGUUGCGAACUUCCACAAGGACAUUUUGGAAAAUAACAAAAAGGAUGGAGACGUAUUUUCUCCUUACAUGAGUCGAUUUAUCCUGGAUUACAUGCUGGUAAGCUCUGGAAAACGACUACAAGCAAAGGGGGCCAAGGUGUCGGUUGCAAACAUAAUUACCAGCGCGCAAUCGAGUCACAAACCAUCACGACCAAGGACCCCUGAGACCACCUAUCACCCGCCAUCAAACAACCCACCCCUUCAUAAUCGAUCAGCCAGAACGUCGACCCAGGUUACCGUUACACAAGUGGUUACUGUCGAGGAGAUUUAUAACGUGAUCAAAAAUAGGCGAAUCCUGGAAAGGCUUCUACCUAGUGGCCCCUCUGAAGCAGGGAUGAAUUUUCCAGGUAUGCAAAAUGCUCGGAAUAAGGUCAAUGCUCGUGAGGGACGUGACCAGAUCUUUGUGAUUGAUGACUGUGACUCAUUACGCAAGCACAGGUAUUGUAUCGCUAUUACUGCUAGAGUUAUCAGCUAUACAGUCAAGAUAACGGACAAAAAUGGAAUGGAUCUCUACUUUGCUUCCGACUCUGUCAACCCUCAAAGCUGCCGCAACAGCUCAGCCGUCGAAAAGAAUAUCAACAAGAAGCGACCAGUCGAUGGAUUUUGCGACGUGGCAAAAUGUCUUAACGACGUCUUGAAAGAUGUGCGCAGGAAUGGAAUGCAGCCGACAAGCAUCUACAUUUUUACUGAUGGAAUAUGCAGCCUUGCUGAUAACGGUAAUGGCGUGAAGGAAGUUAUUUAUGACGCUAUCACGAGUCUGGUUAAGGCGAAAAGAAAACCAAAGGAUCUUAUGUUUCAGUUUGUUCAGUUUGGACGCGAUCCGGAAGCGUAUGAGCUCUUGAAGAGUUUCGAUGACGACUGCAAAAGAGUGGAAAACAAUGUUGAGUUUGAUAUCGUUGAUAGAAAGUAUUGGGACAGUCACGUUCCAAAAGUCAUUGUUGGUAGUCUUGAUCGCAACAACGACAACGAUGACAAUUAG